UGGGAAGAAAUGUCUCUCACUGACUCUGUCGCCUGGACAACCGGGUAAGACAAGAGGGGAGGGAGAGCCACAGAAAAGACCCGCAAGCAUAAAAGCAAGGGAAACUAGAUUUUAUUAGCUGGUUCUAUUACAGGAAUCCUGCAUAGUAUGUGUGUGGAGCAGAGGACAUGCAACUGCAGAGCGUAACUUUGCCAUUAAGGAGACCCUGAAGGCCUGAAGACUCCACCUGUAAUUAUCUUUUGUCUUAGCUGGCUGGUCCAAGACAGAUGAGGCGGAGCAAAUAGAGCCCUGCACACUUCAUCAAAUUCUGCAGCUGAUGACCCAGCAGGUGCCAUGAUGGACGUGCCUGAUGAUGACCCACUGCUAUUUGGACCUGGUUGGGGAGGGCAGGAUGAUGAAGAGGAGGGUGAACUUGAAGGAGAAGAUGCGGUGGGCCUUGGGAGAGGGCAUGGGUAUAAUGAUGCCUGUGGUCUAUGGAGGGCAAUCGGGUGGCUCUACACUACGCCCUGGGCCAGUGCAGCACUCAUUGGCAUUGUGAUUCUCCUACCUUGUGCCCUGUUUGCCUACAUGUUCCUCUACUGCCCUCCGCUGGACAUCGAUUUGUCCUACAGUGCCUUCGAAGUUCACAGCCACUUCUCUGCUGAGCGGUUUGAUGCUCUCACCAUCGCUGUUAAGACCCAGCUGGGGUCCUGGGACAGGCGCAGGCGGGAUCUAGAUAACAAUGAGUCUGCGGCCCUCAGGGAGUUGCUGCUACAGAAGCUGCUGAGACAGGGAGCGCUCAACAGGACAGAUAAUGAAAGAAAAGCAUCCAUGCAGUCCCCCACUGGCCCCUUAGAAGGACAUCAUCAGAAAAGAGCAGUGGUAGAUAAAAGGACAUUUGGAGAAGUAAGUCACCCCUUGGAAAAGCACAACACUAAAGUGAAAGAAAAUUCAACUUUAACAAGAAAAGCAAGGUUCGCUCCCAAUUACUACAUGCAGAGUCAGGCACUUUGGAGGAUAGAGUUGGUAUUUGUCGCCCAGGGAGAAGGGGAGCCGAAUAUUUUCACACCAGAACGACUAGAAACAAUUCACAGAGUGGAGCGCCUACUAAUGCAGCAGCCCCAGUUUCACCAGUUCUGUUGGAAGCCUCUGGAAGUACUUCGCGACCUACCUUUGGGCCCCUCUUACUGCUCACCCCCCAGCUCACUCCUGUCUUACCUCUACCCCAGCGAGAAAGGAGGAAAGAUCUACUAUGAUGGCAUGGGACCAGAUCUGGCAGACAUUCAAGGUUCUCUGAGUCUGGCCAUUACACACCCACAGUUUUAUUGGUAUGUGGACGAGAGCCUGUCCCCUGAGCACCUGUCCUCAUCUCUGCUCCGAAGUGAAAUCCAUUUUGGAGCUCCGUUGCCUUCCUAUUUCUCCUUACAGGACCGAGCCAACGAGCAGAGGGCGAGAUUCAAAAACUUUGUGGUCCAGUAUUCUGAUAUCCUGGCAAAACAGUCCACCAGCCAGGUGAAGGUGUUGUAUGGAGGGACAGAGCUGUUUGACAAUGAAGUCCGACACACGUUUAACAAUGAUAUGAUGCUGGCAGUCAUCAGUGGAGUCUGCAUCACAGUGCUGGUCUAUGUCCUUACAUCCUUUUCUGUCUUUUUGACUUUCUUCGGCCUGGCCAGUAUAGGAGUAAGCUGCCUCAUGGCUCUGUAUCUCUACCAUGUGGUCUUUGGUGUGAGAUAUCUUGGUAUUCUCAAUGGGGUUGCUGCCUUUGUUAUUAUUGGCAUUGGAGUAGACGAUGUGUUUGUCUUCAUCAACACCUUCAGACAAGCAGCUCACCUGCUCCAUCCUCAGCAGAGAAUGAUCUACACUAUUAAAACAGCUGGUCGAGCUACAUUCCUGACAUCCUUCACCACUGCAGCUGCCUAUGCUGCCAACACUUUCUCCCAGAUACCAGCCGUGCAUGACUUCGGUCUAUUCAUGGCCCUCAUAGUGAGCUGCUGCUGGUUGUGGGUGUCUGCCCUGAUGCCUGCCUCCUUGUGUAUUUGGACUCAGUGUGUGGAACCUCACAGAUUCACCUGGUCAAACUGCUGGAGGCUGUUUGCGGAGCUGUCAGCGAGCCACAGCCCUUUGUCAGACGAGGAUGAUGAUGUGGCACUUCUGUCAGUGGAGAUGGAGCCAGGGCCCUACGACAUGGACAGUGACACAGCCAUUCUGUCCCUGUCAGUGGAGAUAGCAGCGUCUCCUCCAGGACAGCAGCACACUGGAGUCGUGAGCAGAAACCUUCAGUGGGCCCUCAAGCACUUUGUAGCAGAGCCAGUGGUGGAGCAACAGAAAACUGUUUUGGGUGUGUUUCUGCUGGUCCUGCUCCUGUCUGCAGGCUGUUGUGGUCUUCUCCGGCCCGCCACUCAUGCCCCUCAGCUCUUCCGCCAGGACACAAACCUUCAGAGUUUGCUGGCUCUUCGGAGCAACCUGAGUGGGCAAGGAAUCUCCUGCCCCAUGUGCUCAGGUGUAUUUAUGGAGAAGCCCCACCCACUGAACACCCAUGCCUCUUCAUCAGCACCCUGGUUCUCCACCGAUCAGCAACCUGUGGGAAUAACAACCUCCAGUGCUCCUCGCAGCUUGUCCAAACCAACAGCUAGCCAAACAGGAUCUUUGUUGACAGUGUACAUAUCUAAGCUGGAACUCGGAGCCUCUACAACACUGUACCGUUUUUCUCUAAAUGCCAGUGUUCCCUCACCAUGGAAAGAGUGCAGCUCAGAGCAUGGAGAGGUUUCAUCCUUUCAAGCCUAUAAUCUGCCUAAUGGUAAUUACACCACCCGCCUGAGCGUGUGUGUCUCCAGUGCCUACCAUCCGUACCCCAGUUGGAUGAUCACAACUGGAUCAUGUGACCCACGACACGGCUGGAUACGAGACUUUGUCUUUUAUGAAGCACCAUUUUUGCAGCUACACAGCAGGAGACUGUACUUUGCCCAGCGCAGACUCAGACCUCACCCCAGUAGAGUGUGUGUUAACCUGCCUGGCUGUAACAUCAGCGCUGGCCCUGAAAGUUCUACACAGGGAAGCUUCUACGCUCCUCUUCCAAACGAGCCAUCCUCACCUGCUAAAGUUAACCCAUCCAAAACAUUAGGCUUCAACCCAUGCACUGGGGGUGCGUGUGGCCGGCCUGCAGUGCGUCCACUUGUUGACACUGGGGCAAUGGUAUUUGUUGUUUUUGGUAUUCUGGGAAUCAACCGCACAGAACCUAGGGACAACCAUGUUAUUGGAGAUUUGGGCAGCAUCAUAUUGGAUCCAGAGUUUGAUAUAUUCCAGGAGAUGGGGCAUCUUUGCAAAAUCUGUAAAGCCAUUAGUGCAAACAAACAGCUUGUGAAGCCAGGGGGAGCCCAAUGCCUACCUUCAGGUAACAAACUAUCUUCCAUCUUGCCACUCCUUCACUCCGAGUGCCACUCACUGCCUGAGCCCAACCUCCUCCCAGGGCAGCUAUCCCAUGGAGCAGUGGGAAUGCAUGGGGGCAAGGUUCGCUGGCUGUCCAUGGCCUUUGAGUCUACCACAUAUAAGGGGAAAUCCUCCUUCCAGACCUAUUCAGACUUUCUCCAAUGGGAAAACUUUAUACAAGAACAGCUAGCAUCACUGCCACGGUCCUCUGCUCUGCAAAAGGGAUUCCAGACCUGUGAGCAUUGGAAACAGAUCUUUAUGGAAAUUAUAGGAGUGGAGAGUGCCCUCUGGAGUUUACUGCUGUCUUUGGCCAUCUGUGUGGCAGCUGUGUCUGUAUUCACUGCCCAUCCUCUUCUACUGCUGCCAGUUCUGGUUACUAUUUUAGGAGUGGUGUGCCUGGUGGUGGCAGUCAUGUACUGGCUUGGCUGGGAGAUGGGGGCUGUGGAGGCGAUUUCUCUGUCCAUCCUUGUGGGCUCUUCUGUUGAUUACUGCCUGCACCUGGUUGAGGGAUACCUGCUGGCAGCUGAGAGCCUGCCUGCUGAUUGCACAUUAGAGCCUUUGAUGAAGAGGCAGUGGCGGACAGUGGAGGCAGUAAACCAUGUGGGCGUUGCUAUUGUAUCAAGUGCAGUCACCACAGUGAUCUCAACUAUACCUCUCUUCUUCUGUGUCAUUGUGCCUUUUGCCAAGUUUGGCCAGAUAGUGGCCAUUAACACAGCAGUCAGUAUUUUCUUCACUCUCACCGUGACUGUAGCCAUGUUGGCUUGCAUGGCCCCUGCCAGUUUCAGCAGACCACCAGGCGCUGUGGUGAAGGCCAGCCUAGCGGUGACAGCCGCUGCAGUCUUGGUGGCAGUGCUAUGCUGGGGCGCAGGGCAGCUGGGAACGUUAGCCUGGCAGACUAUCAGCACAUAACCUCUCCUUCAUACUCUGAUGUCAUGUAGAGGGUCCCCUCUAAAACUGCAAGCACUAUUCUUCAUUUACUGGAGAAACAUAGUUUUCUAUGUAACAGCACAAAGAUGUCAAAUUUAUUGCAAAUACAGGCUUUACUUUAAAAGUAUGCCUACUGAAUGUAGACUGGAGGCAAAAUCUGCAGGGUAUUUGUUAAGUACUAUCUUAUAUAUUAUGAUACGACUCGCAGUUAUGAGAUGACCAUUCCAGUGUUGUUUUUAAUUCGCCUCUAUCCUCUCAGUGGAGUUCACACAGAUUAAGUAACUGUUUGGGCAAACAGACUGAGUCACAUUUUUCAUCAGUCGAAGUUAUUACGUUUGAAGAGCUGCUGACUGUACUAUGACCUGCUGUUGUACACAUUGGUUGAGUGUUGAACUCUGGCGUCUCUUAGAUUAGUGUUUUGAGUUUCACAUGAGUCACUGCAAUUCUGUGAAACAACCAAAUGUGUCCGUUUGUGUUCACGGCUGUGUGGGUGUGAAUCUGCAACAACAAAAGUACAGCUGAUUAAUGAUGUACCUUUUUGUUACAUGUUGUGUGUGAUGUGUUUUGUUGCUUUUACAAGUUGUGAACUGAAAUUUCUAUGCUCACUUUUUGAUCAAUUCAGGAUUUUUUUUUUUGGAGAUGUUGUUACAGGUCUCAAUUUUUGUAUCUGCACCAACUGAGUGAAGCCUCUUGAUAGCUCCUCAGUUUGCCUUCUCCUUGCCCUCCACCAUACUCUAAGGCACUCUACUUAACACAGUAUUUUAGAGUACCACUCAACCAAAGUCAACUCGCUGUGCUCUGUCCCACCACAGCGGUUCGAGGCAUUUGUCAAACAGUAUAACACUAGAAUGGUUGAGAAGACAGACUGACAAAACGGCUCCAGUUGUGUUGUGAUUCAAUUGUAAAUGUCAAAUAAAGCAGAUGCAAAAGACAUCUGGGUCUUU